AUGAGCUGGAACCGAAGCCGCAAUGGUCCUGCCACCUCUGCAGCCAACAAUCCUGCAGCAGCCACAGACGAAUAUCGCUACGCGCAGGUUCCUGAAGACGAGUCACAAAGGCUAGCAGGCAGCAGUUGGACCACCACGAACAAUGCCACAAGCCCCUCAGCAGGCGCCAGUGCACACGUGGCCCCUGAAUAUGCCGAGGUGAUGCUCAAAGUCCAUAGCCGUCGGACCACAGAUCUUUGCAUCUUAUGUACCUUCAUUCUGUAUUGGGCUGGCAUGUGCGGGAUCACAUUCUCAGCUCUCACUCUUGGGGACCCGCGCAGACUGUACCAUAGUUUCGACUAUGGUGGCCACCUCUGUGGCAUCGAUCCAGGUUUUGAGGACAAAGGGCUGCUGUAUUGGCCACGGCCGCAAGAGCCAGAGUACGCCGUGUGCAUUGGACAGUGCCCAAGCUCAGAGCAGGACACCGUGACGGCCCUCGACGAGGAAGCUGCCAUCAAACAUGGCGCCAGCGGAGUUGAGACUGCGACCAUCACUUCCAAGCAAGUUCAGAUCCCAACAUAUCCUUCCAGGCAAAUUGGCGGCCGCUUUUGCUUGCCACUUCCGCUGGCCGAGAUUCUAGAUGGUGGUGGUAGCCCGCCACACGCAGCUGCAGAGUCGACGGCCCCCCUACAAUGGCCCAGGUUUCCUGCAACAUCCUUGCCUGCUUCAGCAACAUACUCGACAAGUCCUGUACCGACUUCGACCCUGAAGGCUUCCUUCAGCCAUCCCCUGCACCAGGCCCAGCCAUUCCCGAUGGACCAACCUCGCCCAGCUCACCCAGCACGCCCAGCUCGACCUCAGAUUGGCGACUUUCCAGGGCUUCUGCCUCCCAUGGGACAGAUUCAUUGGACGCCUCCCCCGCUGCAGACACCUGCCCCCAUCGUCCCCUCCGCCCCUGCCGGGGGAGCAGUUCCCGUCUCGCAUGUGCAGACGAAGCCGGAGAAGCAACCGCACCAAGAGACUGCGGAAAGCCCACGUGAGGAGGACGAGGACAAGGAAGAUGAUGUCGAGACUGUCAAGGCUGGACACAAGCAGCAACCCAAAGCUCAGACUGCCAAGACUGGACACAAGCAGCAACCCAAAGCUGAAACAGACGCGGAUGCGCAGAAGGAUGAGCCAACCCGAGUGGGUGCACCGACCCACAAGCCUUCUGAGCGAAAGCCAUCGGGCGGGGCAGUGGAGCAUGAGCUCAAGUCGCAUGAGCUCAAGUCGCAUGAGCAGAAGUCGUCUGCGCAGAAGACGUCUGCACAAAGUGACACCGAUGUCAAGAAAAAUGAGUCUGCGGCGUUGACUAACGCCUCUUCGCAUCACCAUGAGCAAGGAAGAAGGAUGUGGGAGGAGCCGGCAAGGAACUCAGACACUGCUGAGUUGGCCAAGCUUCUGUCUCAGGAUCAUUCGCCCUUUGCCUGGCUGCGCAAAGUCACAUGGGAUGUCGCUGGUGCCUGGCCCAUUCUGGUGGUGCUCGGUGUUGUCUUCGCAUCUCUUCAGGGUACUGGGUAUCUGGCAUUUAUGAGAUACUGCGCCUGCCCGUUCACAUUUGGCAUCCUCUUCCUGCUCAUACUUGCGUCGGUUGGCGCCUCCGUGUAUUGCCUGGCAGUUGUGCGCACUGACGAGGAGGUGGCAGAGCAGCUGUUUGGAAGGUAUACCGACCAUCCGGUUUUGCUCAACCAGGUCGUUGGCUGGUCGAGCGCCGGAGUCUGCGCGCUGCUCCUCGGCAUCUCCGUGGCCAUCUUUUCCCCAAUGCGCCGUGCGGUCGGCUGCAUUGAUGGGGCCGCGCAGGCCAUCUGGGAGGAGCCACCGCUGUUUCGGUUGCCUACCAUUGAGAUGAUCAUCAAGAUGCUCUUUUCCGUGAGUUGGCUGAUCUUCUUCAGCUUUGUCAUCACCAGCGGCCAGAUCGACCCUCCGACGCUGGACGUCAAUGGGACACCUGUGUAUACCCGGAUUCGGAGGUUCAGCUCCACACCUUUGCAGAAGUUCUACGUCCUGAUGUAUCUUGGAGGAUACCUGUGGACUCUGGAGACUCUCAGCCUGGUCUUCCAUUUCGCAGCGAGCUUCUACGCCACGAGCUGGUAUUUCACGCCUUGCAGGGCCGAUGGCAAGAAAGUGGGCCUUGAGACCCGGCUUUGGCGCACAGGUGUUGCGUAUGCCCUCAGGUACCACCUCGGCAGCAUGGCCAUGGGAGGAUUGCUGACGAUGCUCUUUCGUCCGAUCCAUGCGCCAAUGGCUGUCUUGGCAAAGCUGGCAAAGGCUGGCGAGAGGCAUGCGCCAGAAGGCAUCAUGUCGAACUGCCUGUGCUGUGUUUGGUGCUUUGAGGAAGUUGUCCGGUUCGUCAACAAGAACGCCAUCAUCUGCAUGGUCUUGAACUCCACCAAUUACUUCGUCUCCGCCACAGCCGCAGUCAGGACCUUGGCAAAAGCUGGGCACGACGUUGCGUUCCUGAAUGGCUUUACCGGCAGCCUUCAUAGUUUGGGCAUGCUGGCCACAGCCUGCCUCACUGCCUAUGUGUCGUCGUUUGCCAUGGGCGGUUUGGACAUGUUUGCGGACCAAAGCUCGCCCAUGUUCGUGGAGAACCGCAUCGCCGUCAUGAUCGCGGUGGGUCUCCUUGCGGCUGCUGUGGCUUCAAGCUUUAUGGGGCUCUUCGAUGUGGUCUUCGACACACUCAUCUUCUGCUGGCUGGCAGACUUGCGACCCACUCAAAGCGGCGUCGUUUUUGUUCCGCAAAGCUUGCUGAGGGCUUUGGGCGAGCCGCAAGGGCGAAAGGAGCUUUCCGAGACAGAGAUUGACGAGGGUUUGCGCGGCUCAGCUGCGUCUCCUGGCAGCCCAUCAGACAUGUCAUCAGACCAGGAUGCGAGACAAGCAGCAAAAAAGGAUGCCGCACGAAAGGCCGCUGCAGAGCAGGACGCUCUUCGCAGAGCAGCGGAGCAAGAGGCUCUUCGGGAAGCCGCAGAGCGUGAAGCAUCUCGAAGAGCAAGGCAAGCGCGUGAAGCGGAGGAGGCUGAGCGUGUCAAAUGGCGAAAGCUCCAAGAGGAAGAGUCGGCACGGAAGAAAGCACAAGCGGCUGCACAAGCGGCUGCAGCGGAGCAGAUUGAGCUGGCAGCCCAGAGAGCUGCUGAGGAGGAAAUCCGGCAGCACAUCUACGGUCAGGUUGAGGAGCAGACAAAAGGCCGGUCACAGGAUGCUGUCAGGCCGUUGCAGCCCCCUGAGUCUGCUUCCGAAUUGGCAGAUGCUGUGUCGGCAGGAGGUGCCAGCAGCAAAGCAGAAGCCACUGUCGAACCAGUUGCGCAAGCUCCAGAUGCUUCAGCUGAUGCAUUGCCAGCCAAGGAAGCAUCGAAUGAUGCAGCCCCUGCAGCGCCUGCAAGUCCUGAUGCUGAACCUGGCGAAGCUCCACCAGAAGACCGUGGAAAAGCCGCUGGCCCGGCGUCAACACCGUCUGCGGCACAGGCUGGCCCGGAGAGGAGCCAGGAGGAUUCUCUGCAGGCAGCAGAGGAGUCAGAGGUUUUCAAGGCCGUAGGUCAAACAGAUCCGUUUGCGGCUCCUUCCUCCGAGGUACCUUCCGCACCAAAUUGGGUUGCUGACUUUGAGUCUUCAUCACCCAAAGAAGGGCCCGAACAGCCUCGUCCUGAUGCAGAGCAGACGUGGCCGGCUGGUGCCGCAGAGACUGCGCGCGCAAGCAGCGAGGAUGCAGAUGGCCCGAAAGAGUCUGGCCAGGCGCCUCUACAACCAGAACAAGAUGUAGCUGCGGGUGUAAAGACAUCCACUGCAUCAGUAGAUUAG